AUGGGCCCCUGCGGGCGGGCCCGGCUACACACAUCCAGAGGGGCAAUGGCCAUACUGGCAUGGAAGUUCCCGCGUACCCGGCUACCCGUGGGAGCCAGUGCCCUCUGUGUGGUGGUACUCUGUUGGCUCUACGUCUUCCCUGUCUACCGGCUACCCAACGAGAAGGAGAUCAUACAAGGAGUGCUGGCACAGCGCACAGCUUGGAGGAGGAACCAGACCGCCGCUAGGGUCUUCAGGAAGCAAAUGGAAGACUGUUGCGAUCCGGCCCAUCUCUUUGCCAUGACAAAGAUGAACUCCCCCAUGGGGAAGAGUCUGUGGUAUGAUGGGGAGUUUCUAUACUCCUUCACCAUUGACAACUCCACCUAUUCCCUCUUUCCCCAGGCAACCCCCUUCCAGCUGCCAUUGAAGAAAUGCGCGGUGGUGGGAAACGGUGGGAUUCUGAAGACGAGCGGCUGUGGCCGGCAUGUAGACGAAGCAGAUUUUGUCAUGCGAUGCAAUCUCCCUCCCUUGUCAAGUGAGUACACCAGAGAUGUCGGCUCCAAAACUCAGCUGGUGACAGCUAAUCCCAGCAUAAUUCGACAGAGGUUUCAAAAUCUGCUCUGGUCCAGAAAGAUGUUUGUGGACAACAUGAAGAUCUAUAACCAUAGCUAUAUUUACAUGCCUGCUUUUUCUAUGAAGACAGGAACCGAGCCGUCUCUCCGUGUAUAUUACACACUGAAAGACGUUGGUGCCAAUCAAACAGUGCUUUUUGCUAACCCCAACUUUCUGCGGAGCAUUGGAAAGUUCUGGAAGAGCAGGGGAAUCCAUGCCAAGCGCCUGUCUACAGGACUGUUUCUGGUCAGCGCAGCCUUGGGCCUCUGUGAAGAGGUGGCCAUCUAUGGCUUUUGGCCCUUUUCCACAAAUAUGCACGAGGAGCCCAUUAGUCACCACUACUACGACAAUGUAUUGCCCUACUCGGGUUUCCACGCCAUGCCUGAGGAAUUUCUCCAACUCUGGUACCUUCACAAAAUUGGUGCGCUGAGGAUGCAGCUAGACCCAUGUGAGGAGCCAUCACUUGAGCCCACUUCCUAG